AUGUCCUGGCAAGCCUACGUCGACCAGAGCCUCGUUGGCACUGGCAACAUCGACAAGGCCAUCAUCUGCGACGCAUCAGGAAAAACCAUCUGGGCUGCGACUACAGGCUUCUCGAUUCCUGAAGCCGAGCGCAAGGUCAUAGUGGACUCGUUCACCGACAGUGCCGAGACCAAAGCCGUCGUCGCAAACGGCAUCCACAUAAACGGGGAGAAGUACAUCACGCUCGACUCAGACGACACGUCGCUGAAGGCGAAGAAGGGCAAGGAAGGCAUCAUCGUCAUCAAGACCACCCAAGCGCUGCUCAUAGGCCACCACCCUGCCGACGUCCAGACGACCGUCGCAUACAGCUCCGUGGCGGAGCUGGCAGAGUACCUGGUCAAAGUUGGUUAUUAG